CUAAAGUGAAAACCAAUUAUUUAAAAUAUUAGUUAUGCCACUGGUUUUAUUACCUGUUACGGGAUUUUUAAAACCUAAAUAUCAAAUAGUAGGCGAUUAUUACAUUCGAAAUCGAAUUUAGCAACGGAAUAGUUCACUUGAAAUCUUCAUAAAAAUGGCCAAACAUGUUCCAGAGGCGACAAUGGAUCAGCCGAUUUACGCCAGCUUCUUCUGUGUAAUGGGCGUAACCGCGGCGAUUGUGUUCACAACUUUGGGGGCCGCCUAUGGCACGGCUAAGUCUUGCUUGGGCAUUGCCUCGAUGUCGAUAAAGCAUCCGGAGCUGAUUAUGAAAGCGAUUAUACCAGUUGUUAUGGCUGGCAUUAUUGCUAUCUAUGGUCUGGUUGUGGCUGUCCUGCUGGCCGGCUCGCUCUCCCCUCUGUACAGCAGCUUCACGGCCUUCCUCAACUUGGGUGCUGGGAUUGCUGUUGGUCUGUCGGGAAUGGCUUCCGGCUUUGCCAUUGGAAUCGUGGGCGAUGCUGGCAUCCGAGCUACUGCAAUGCAGCCGAAACUUUUCGUUGGUCUCGUCUUGAUACUCAUCUUUGCCGAAGUAUUAGGUCUCUACGGGCUCAUUGUAGCCAUCUAUUUGUUCACCAAAUAAAACUGCCGAAUAAUUAAUGAAUAUAAUUUAA